CCUUCGCAAUUUCGCACUGUUCUCUCGUUCACCUUUUGUCCCUUCCACCAGAAUCUUCUUAAGGGACGACUUCUUAGAAGUCUCCGGAUUCUUUCCCCAUUGCCCGCCUCCACACCUUGGAUUCUCACCUCUGCCACCUUUUGGUCGCCGAAGCCGCCUUCAGUCCACGAAGCGCAAAGACCUUCUUCUGCGCCAGCCUCUUUUGACGUGUCACCGGCGCCUCCUGAUCGAUCGCUUUUGUCCGAUCCCCAUAUCCACACGACCAUAUUGCAACCAUGGACUAUCAAAAUCGGGCGGGAUCAAAGUUCGGGGGUGGCGGCGUAGCCUCCCACUCCGCGACAAACACCGAUCGUCGCGAGCGGCUGCGAAAGCUCGCCCUCGAAACCAUCGACCUGGACAAAGACCCGUACUUCUUCAAGAACCACGUCGGCUCCUUCGAGUGCAGACUAUGUCUCACAGUCCACCAGAACGAUGGCUCCUAUCUCGCCCACACCCAGGGCCGGAAACACCAAACGAACCUCGCCCGACGUGCGGCGAGGGAACAGAAGGAGAUGCAAAAGGAUGGAAACCUGAUGGGCGCGGGGAUGAUGGGGGUCCAAGUCCGCAAGAACAUGGUCAAGAUCGGGCGGCCCGGGUACAAAAUCACAAAGAUCAGAGAUCCUCUCACCCGGCAAGUGGGCCUGCUCUUUCAACUCUUGUACCCGGAGAUCGCGCCCAACAUGGAGCCGCGCGUCCGGUUCAUGAGCGCGUUCGAACAGAAGGUGGAAGAUCCGGACCGGGAUUACCAGUACUUGUUGGUGGCGGCCGAGCCCUAUGAGACAUGCGGCUUCAAAUUACAGAGCAGGGAGGUGGACCGGAGGGAAGGGAGAUAUUGGACUUGGUGGGACGCCGACGCAAAGGAGUUUUGGUGCCAGGUUCUCUUCAAGACGGAGAGAGAUGAACGAUACUCGAACGUGCCUGGGCUGGCACCAGCAGCGACAAAGAAGUGAGGGAAGGUCGCUUGGAACAGUUGUAAGACGAUGAAGGCGUGGAAUCCGGGAUUGGUUGUGUCCCUUGAUUCCUUUUUUUUAUUGCUCUACGGAAGAGGGACGGAUCAGUGAGUUCCUUCUUGUGCUCAAGCCUGGCUAUGAUACCCAACGGAAUACAAAGGAAAGCUAUUAGCAUCAAAUCUCGGACUAGUCUGGUGCAUUUGUAACUCUGAGACCCUUUCCUUACAUUGCAGGCCAUAUAUUUGAAC